AUGCCUCCAACCACCUUGUACGAGUCGCUCGACCCGCACGCGCCGUCCCGCGCGGACGUGCUAGCCGAGUACGGCUCCUUCCUAGCGCUGUCCGAGCGCCUCGUGGGCGUGUCGCUGACGCGCUACGCCCGCAUCGCGAGCCUCUCGCCGGUCGCCGUCAAGCCGUACAUGGGCGCGCUGCGCGCCUGCUUCCGCAUACCCGCCAUCGACCUGGGCUUCUCCCCGCUCAACGCACACCACCGCAGCCUGCUGCUCGUCGGCUCCUCCAUCGCCCACGGCUGCCCCUUCUGCACGGCCCACACCGCCUGCAUGGGCGACGCCCUCGCCGGCUCGCGCGUUCAGCAGAGCUUCCGCGCCGGGCACCUCCUCCCCGACGACAAGCAGGAGCACGACGAGCUCGUCUACGACCUCAUCCAGGAGGUCUGCUCCGUCCCGCCCGCGCUCACGCGCGACACUAGAGCCGCUUUCGAGAACCACUUCGGUAAGCAGGCAUACCAGGACGCGGCCGCUAUGCUCGCCUUCAUGGGCUGGCUCAAUUAUAACGUCGACGCGUUGGGCAUCACCUUGGAAAGCGAGAUCGCUCCCGUCGCACAGCUCAUCCUUGCCCCGCGGAACCUCCCCUUCAACGUCACAGACAGCAUGGCGAAAGACGACGGCAGGGCACAUAUCGGCACCGCCCGCGCGCGUGUCAUCGCCACACUCAACCCGUCCAAUCUGUGGAGCAGGACAUGGGCCCAUAUCACCAACGUGUGGGGGCUCGUCGCCCUCAUCCCGAACGUCGUCACGGCCUUGUCCACGGAAAAUUCCUGGUACAAAUCCAUUCCCAACUCAACACCCGAUAAUGUCGAGUGGCGCAAGGCCCAAUUCGGGUGCCAUAUCCGCUUUGAUGAGGAGCUGGAGAACGACGAGGUGAAACGCGCUCUCUCGUUUUGUCUCAUGGAGGGCUUCUUGAAGGACGAAAACACAUCCUUGACUCGCUUGGAGAAGUUCAAGUUGUUCUAUGUGUUUGCGAAAGGAAUGGAUAAUCCCGUUCUCAUCCAAGAUGCUAUGGCGCUUGUGUCCGCGGCGGUGGCGAAUGACAAAAAUGCUGCGGCUGAAAACAAAGCCGACCAGGCCGAGACGAACUCUGAAGCCACUCGCGAGAGCUUGGACGAUAUUGUUGCUAUUGCCGCAUCACAGACACAUCCUACUGAUGCAUUCUCAGCGGUGGCACGGGUGGUGCACCACGCCGCUGGCCCAGGAGGAAACAUCGCCAAGUCAGGAACGGUGCCUGACGUUCUGUCAUACGUCACUGAGCCAUCGGCUCAGAUGGAAAUUGUGGGCCUCAUCGGCUUGUUUGGCAUGAUGCAACGAAUGUCUGUAAUGUGUGGAGGCCGAUAAUAGACAACUCGCAAGGUUGAAAAGGGGUGCAUCCAAGGCUUUCAAAUAUCCUCGGUCAACCGAGAUCACUACCCAACAAGUUGCGGCCGGUUGAAAGGUGACGGCAAUACUACACCCUCAGCAUAUCUCAAUAACAUAUAAAAACGAUUGCGUACAUCAAA